AUGACUGUCGCUCACCCGCCUGCACCUGACGACCAUCCCGCGGCCUACUGCCCGGAUCAGUCUUCGCCCACAACACCGGCGCAGCAGUACCAGAUGCAACAUCAGCGACGGUUGCAUGGCGCGGAGACACCACCAGGGGCUGCCGAGGCUGUUGCUGGUGCGCUUAGCCCCCCGUCCGCAAAGGAUGCUGGGUUGGAUCCACUAGCCAUAUCUCCGAAAGGGCAGGCUCCGAUCUCUGGCGCGGGCUUACCGUCUGAGCGCCAGAGCCCGCAACUCGACGAGGCGCAACCGAUGGAACAAACAACAGGAAUGCCGGGCAGCUUUCCGGACGACCAAGAGUAUGUCUUACAUAGGCUUGUCAGCUGCCUGCUUGACGCUGACCCCAACAGCAACUCGUUCCCGGGACCUUCCUCUGCCCCUGCUGUUCCUUCUGUCAUUUCCGUCACUCAUCCUCCCCACUUCAUCCACACGCACCAUCCUCGCCGCGGGUCACUCACCCCGCUCGGGCUCAAUGUCAUUUCGCCUGUCCCACCUCAGCAGGUUCAGCAGUCCCUGGAGGCUGCGUCUGUGAGCUCGUCGCCAAUGCGCAAUGUGGGUUUCCUCCCUCAAGGAUACUCGAUGGGUUGCGACCCGGCCAGCCCACUUUCCUCACGACGUGAUUCUGUUGCAACAGUAGCAACCACCGCCAGUGCUUCUUCAAACCUGACUGCCACCCGCCCGCAAACGUCCUCCAACUUGAGCACGUCCCGCCGACGAUCUUCUCUCACCCCCUCCAUCUCGAGCCUCGCGCCCCCCGGAAGUGCAGGUUUUAACCCCAACGCCCGACGUCCUUCGUUGACACCGUCUGUUUCAACACUUGCCGCGCCUUCGCCAAGCCGCGCAACUGCCAUGGGCAAGUCGACUCGUACGGAUGGUCAAGCUUCAUCACGUACAGCCGACGUGCUCCCCCACCAGCGGAGGAGCAGCCUGGCGGGCACCAAUCCCUCAGAGGUUCGACGGGGCAGUUUGCCGCAACUGGCGUACAGCGGUUGGGGCGGACCACCGCGUAGCGGAUCUCGAUCCUCUGUCAAUCGCGGCAGCAUUGACAACACGGCCCAGAUCGACGAGAGUUACAGAUUCGGCUCUGGGCCCCCCAUGACAUCGAGGGACGACACAGCCCUUGGAUCUUUACAACGCAUCGCUACUUUGACAUCGGCCAACAAGCGGACAAUGACGGCCUUCGAAGCGGCGGAGGCGCAAGAAGCUGAAAGACAGAGAAGAGCCUUUUUCGCGGCGACUUACGGCGAGGACUCGCGUCGAGCACGGGCACGCCUGAGUCUUGGAGGCCCGUCCACGGCGGGUCCUUCCUCACCCUCAAGCACGCGGCGAACAAGUCUUCUCGUAUGGGAACGCGUUCGCAACAAGUCCAGCGAUACCAUCCCAUCCUACGACGACCUCCUCGUUGGUGCGCGACGUCCCAGCUUGCCGGUCAGCAUUCCCCCACGGUCGCCAACAGCGGACGACAUCCAAAGUUACGAUGACCAGAACAUCUGGAACGACCCAGACAGCAUUGACCCCAAUGCCCCGCCGACUCGCCCGUUGCCGCCCUUGCUACCUUUGUCCGACCCUGUCCCACGCUUGCUGCACUCGACACUGGCCCUUCACCGUGCCAACCACCUGCUGAGCUCGCGCAACGUCGAACCUGAACCCCUCCCCUCUCCACUCCCUCCGUCCCUGCAUCCGCCCGCACCAGUCGACUUAUCAGAAUUCGAUAUCGACUUCAUUCUCGCCGGCUCCCGAAGCCAACUUGGAGACAGCGCAUCCAGCAGCAGCAAGCGACCAAGUCUUGGUUCAUCUGACGAGCACUAUUCAUCAAAGCCGCCGCUAGAGGAAGAGGAUUCGUUUGCCAAAUUCGUCGGCGCUUUCGACGACGAGUACGGAGACCGCCGUGGAGAUUGGACUUUCCGCUCGGUUCGCUCUCGUCAACCUCUCAGAGGCCGAAACAGUGACGUCUUCCCAGUUGACGAACCCCCUGAGGAUCAGUAUGUGCGCCCUCGCGCCGAAUGGCAGUCACACAAGGGUGGCAAGUUCCAGAUGCUGCCGAACGGAGAUGUCGUAUCCGUCGAGUCGGGCACAGUGUGGUCGGUCAAGCGCACCAACACACGGGAAUACGAAAUUCAACACGGUUCGCCAGAGGUCCCUGUCCAGCGUCCAGACCCAGGGGUUGUCGUGCCUCCGAAUGCGCCUCAGCCACUGGUCAUGUCGCAGUACGCUGGAUAUACUCUCACGAGCAAGCUGGUGCACGCCGAGAGCGGGGGUGUCAAGCUUCCGCUAUCGGUUCAAAAUGAGCUGAAGGCCCGCAGCAGUCGUGCCCGUCGCUUGACUCGAGCUGCGGCUCGCAGGCGGCAAAGCACAGGAGCGGACGGAGUGCUUAACGGGCAUGACUUUACGACUGAGCCCGAGCGUACCUCAAGGCUAAACUCGACUGAUUCGACUGCGACUGCGAUCGCAGAGCCGCCAUUAUCGCCUCGCAGUGCUCUGCACAGCUCUACGUCGUCUUCGUCACGCCCUCCCUUGGCUGUUACAUCUUCGUCCAACGAGGACACGAAGGGCAAGGGUCGAUUCCUCGGCAAGCGAACGGAUUCGGACGAUGACAAGCACAAGAAGUCCGGGCUCGGCGGGGUGUUCAAGCGGGGACUUUUCAAGGCCUCCAACCUCCUCGAUGAGCGCAAGGAGCGCAGUAAUAGCAGCAGCCAUGCUAAGCCGGUCCUUUCGAUCAGCUCGAACUCAAACAACGGCGGGAAGAUCCAGUCGCAGCCUAUGCGGCAGUCUCCAUCAGACCGUAGCGACGCGGCGUCCGCCUCCGCCGACUCGAGCUUCUCAAAUCUUGGCGACACGACUGACGACGGCGAAAUGUGGGGCGACGAUCAGCUGUUUGGCUCUCUCGGACUUGGAAUCGAAGACGAGCAGAACGGCGGUUUGCCGUGGAAGGAGGGCAAGGCGUGGGGCGGAGUGCCUGAUGAAGCUCUCGCCAUGGUUAUACCCAUCGAGACGGAUAAGGGCGAAUCGCCGUCGAAGAUUCGGCCGCGCCCAAACUCUCAGCAGCUCUUCAUUAACCCAUUCUUCGUCGAUGGCCCGAAGCAGGUCCUACUCGUCUGGUUCACGCCCUUUGGCCAAGGUGAUGUUGCUAACACCAACCAUCACGGUUCUUCGCAAACGCUGUUCAAGAUUCCGGAGCAGCCGCACCACGAACAGGCGGAAGGACCGCAGACGCCGCUGGGACGCCUACCCAAGCUCCUCCGCCCGCGGGGCUCGCACCGUGACUCGCAGCACCGUGGCGGCCUUCACGAUGUCAAGCACAUCCCCCUCCCGCCUCCGACGUCACCGCCAGUGGAAUCGUCUUCCGGCCCCUACCAGAUCAGCCAGAGCAAGGAGAGCCACAACCUGCAGCCUCUCCCCUUCAAGGGUUUCCGUGUUGUCGCCAAGGUCGCCGACGCCGAGGACCUGCGUUCAGAGCCCGAAGUCCCCGUGAUUGCGCUGGAGCAGUGGACCGAGCAGGUGCGCACCGGCAAGCCGGUCGGCGCGCAGACGCCUCCGCUGGAAGGCAUGCCUCGCGUCAGCAACGCCGAAGGCAGCCGGUCUCCCUCGUUGGCCGAAGGUGGCAUCAAGCAGGGACGCGAGUUCCCGACGAUCAUUGCCUUCUGUCAUAACCAGAAUAACGGUGUGGAGUUUGUCCUCGAAGGCCUUGACCGUCUCGGCCUCUGCAAGGGAGAAUCGGCGUGGGGACCGACGGGCUACGAGGAGUGGCGCGGAACAGGCCUCAGCGAGAAUGGCCGCCGCCUGCUCGACCUCGUCUGGGCUGGAUGCUCGGCUGUCAUGGGCCUGUGA